GUAUUAUAAAAGCUAUCCUUGAAUUUUCUAAAUACGAAUAAAAAUAUCAAGAGUCCCUGAAAGCAGUCAUAGGUACUGGCGAAUGCUAAAUUCGGUUAGCUAGCUGCUAAUAAACAAACAGACCUAGAGCAAUUAAAAGCGUUGUUAAAUACAAUACGUUGUUAAUACAUUUUGGCUCAUUCGUCACAAACUCACCUUGGAGACAACCACAGCCAGGUAAAGCUUGAAGAACCCCCCUCCCCUGGCUGUUUUAUAAAAGUAUUAUUUCAAAAUGGAUGUCAGCAUUGCAGUAUCCCUGAUUCGAGGCCAGUUGGAUACUGUUGUGAAGCGAGCGGUAAAUGGAGCAGUGGAGACGGUGCUUGCAGAGAUGCUUAAAGUGGUUGGAGUUAAAUUCGAAGAGGUGAAAGCACAGUUGGCUCUGAUGAAGAGGGACAACUUGGCUCUGCAAAGGGAGAAUGCCAUCAAAACAAAGGAGAAUGACAAUAUUCGAGCCAAACUGCGUUACACCGAACUGAAACUGAAGUACUACAGGCAAGGGGUGGCAGAGGAGCUGCAGCAGAGAAGCUCCGUCACUGCUGUUGUUCAUGUCAACCAGUCAAGCUUCCCCCAAACUCAGAGAAUUACUGCAGACCUUUCUCCAACUGUAACCUCCUCAACUUGCUCAGCUCAAACCAGAACCCCCGAAACUGCUCUGACAAGAAGCAAUCAAGAGUCCACUACUCAACAAAGCACUGGAAGAUGCUCUGUGAGAUCACACAGCGAUACAGAUGAGGAAGUUAUCAGCUUUGACUCAUCUGAGCAGGUAUUACAUGCUCCAAUAUAUGUGGACACAUCUCCAGAAUCUCUGAACAGCAACACAGUUUUGUUGUGCACUACAGAGCAGGAUGCAACAGAGAGUGUGGACGCUGUUGUAGCACCUCCCCCCCCUCCUCCCCUUGUACAAGCCCUGGAUUAUGAUGAAAGGAUGCAGUCAAACAAUAGUCCACUGUCCCCAGGUGGUUCCAACCAAGCUGUAAGCUCCAUAUUGCCCUCCUCUGCUCUACAGGUGAAGGAGGAGGACGAGGAAGAGGUGAUCUGUAUCAAAGAGGAGCAAGAGGAGGAGGGGGAUCCAUUAUUACUGGACUACCAGAUGCAGCAGAGUCUCAUGACAAAGUCAGAGGCUCAAAGUACAGUGACAGAGUGGUUAGAGCUUCAGACAAACCAAAAAACCCCUGCAGGUUUCAGUGCAGCUAUUCCAGGCACCUACAUGGUAGUUCAACAAUCAGGCUCGCCCCCAUCACUUGUAGACAUGUCCUCCGGUGUCCCGACUCGCCAGGCUGUGAGACCUUGGAGCAAAGAUCUGAGUCUUUACGAGGAAUACAAACUGCGCAGGAACGAGCAGAGACGGCGGAAUCACAGCAGGCGCAGAGAGCAAGAGAAGUCCCUGCCUCAGCCGAUGCUGGCUGAUCUGGUGCGUGUGCGGCGAGAGAAGACCAGGCUAAGGGUGGCCAAAUGGAGAGCGAAAAGGAAACUGCAGGCCCAUCUGAUACAGGCUCAGACUCAUGGUGGCACUGAAGGUUUUUCCAACUGGUUUGCCCAACUUCAACCAGGAUCAGUGAGUGGUGAAAGUUUCUCAGCUUGGACCUGCAGCAGUCAGCAGAAAUAGAACUCCCAUUUGCCUCCUUCCACCACCACCACCACAUUCAAGGUCAACAACUUUUCUAACCCUCCUCCCUGCGUGAACUUCACUACUUCCUCCUCCUCAUCCUCUCUAUUACAAUAUGGCUCCGUACCCAUAUCUUUUCACCUCUUUACCAUCGUCGUUGAUCUCUAACAAUGAAGGGACGAGUCAGAAAUGUGACUGUUCAUGAGAUUUCUGAGAGUGGUUGCAUGCUUAAUGUUGGACUAAUGUUCAUUCAAGGUCUAAUAAAAAAGCUGGCAAAA